AUGAAAUGCCAGAGCAAGCUGAAAACUAUUAUCGGAGAGUUACUCAUAGCUGGCCUUGGCGUACUGGGUUUAAAUUGGGAUUGCAGUCCAGUCUGCACUGAACUUGAAGUAGUUGUUUUGGAUAGGCUUGCUAAAUUUCUUAGAUUACCUCUGCAUUUUCUACACUCUGCGAAAGGUCCUGGCGGUGGUAUAAUUCAGAGUUCAGCAAGUGAAGCGAUUUUACUUGCUGUGACAGCGCGUGAGCAAAUGGUGCAACGAAUGACAAAACGAAUGGAAAUAAGCGAAAGUAUUAUCAGAAGCAAAUUAACUGCAUUUUCCAGCGACCAGAGUAAUAGUUGUAUAGAAAAGUCAGACAAAUUAGACUGUUUGCCGAUCCAAUUGCUCCCCACUGCAGAUGAUUUUGUACUGCGCGCACAACAGUUGGAAGCAGCGAUAAGAGAAGAUUUAUCUCGAGGACUAAUACCCACAAUGUGUAUAGCUGCACUUGAUACAACUGGCACCUGCGCUUAUGAUGACAAAAGCACAACACAAAUCUGUCAGCAUUAUCAAAUUUGGCUGUAUGUGGAUGCAGCAUAUGUAGGCGCUGCUUUGACAUUGGAUGAAUACGCACAUUUGCACGACGGAUUGCAUGAUAUUGAUUCCCUCAAUAUAAAUUUGCACAAAUUACUGAUGGUCAAUUACGAUUGUGCAGUAAUGUGGCCGAAAGAUGCUAGAAAGCUUCAAGUGAACCGCAUCUACUUAGAAAACAAUGAGAAAACUAAUAAGCACGACUUGCCUGGUUUCCGCAAUUGGCAAAUAUCCUUGGGUAGACGUUUUAGGGCACUUAAAAUCUGGAUAGCUUUCCGUACAGUGGGUGCUGAAGGUUUACGUAGACAUUGACAACACCAUCUGAAACUAUCGGCGCGUUUCGAAAAAUAUAUUUUAGUUGAUAAUCGCUUUGAAUUGGUGGCUAAACGCUCACUUGGCAUCGGUUGGUUCAGAGUUAGAGGUAAAUUGGCAACACGGUUAUUGCGACGGCUAUUGGACAGUAAAAGAAUAUAUAUGGUGCAAUCAAUACAUUGUGCAAAGAUUUUCUUGCGUUUUGUUAUAUGUGGUACGAAUACUUAAGAGGAAGACAUUAAUUUUGCCUGGACUGAAAUUCAAAGUGAACUGAGUGGAAUGCGUGUAAUACAGGAAGAAUUGAAAAUACCGGAUGGCAUUGCCAAAUGCAAAAGUACUAUAUGA